AUGAAUUUUGCGACAUCACAGCAAGUUUUCAAUGCGGAUGAACUCGACAGGUUGACGGUGGACGAGGUUAAAACACACGCGUGUUUGGCAGUUCGGCAGCUGGAUGAUGCACUUGGGCGUCCACCUUUUCCCAACCCAUCGUCGCCCUGUUGCCGCUCAAUGGCGCAAAAUUUAAUUAGUUUACUGAACCAUCUUCAACGUAGAGGUCGUGUGUCUGCGCUUGAUAAAUGUGAGGAGAUCAACAUGAUAUUCCCCGUUCUUUGUGCGUCGCUAAGGAGUGGCUCAGAGGGAAGGCAACCGUGUCCCCAGUUGAUGGAACUGUUGCUCGAGGGGCUUUGCUAUGUGCACGGAUUGUCAUCGUAUCCGCUUCAUUCCACAUUAAAGGAUGCAAAGGAGGUUCUUCCAAACUCGCCGUUGACUUUGAAGUUGUUCGCUCUGACGGGAGCACUGGAUGUGGACUCGAUGUGCUUUUUCUUCAGUUUACCACAGACAGCGUGCAAAACUGGGAAUGAAAAGACAAAGGGUCGAAGAAAUCGCACAGAGAAGGUGAAGGGGACACCAAAAAAAGAAGUACCACAGGGCAGUGGGAACGGCGAGCGCGAGACGUCUUCUUUUCUCGUCCCUAAAGUCAUGAUCCGCGCCGCACUUGAUGUGGUCCUUCCACAAGAUUGUGUAAAACUGCUUUUAUCAUUGAUGAAUGGUGUCGAGAAGUUCCAACAUGUCGUUGGAAGUGAUGCUGAGUUGGCAUCGCGAAUCCUUGGUGUGUACGGCGAUCACUUGAUUCCCUCAUUGCACCCCAUGGCACUCAUACCUUGUUUGGAUGUACCAGUGUUGGACGUGUUCAUCGACAUUGUACAAACACAUGGUGAGAAAAUGUCCCUCUUGACGGAAUUGGUGUUCUUGGAGAAUCCAUUGACAACAUGGGCAGCUGAGCGCCUCGAACGCCUUCUACGAUACUGCGUGAAUCGUGUUGUAAGAAAUGAAGAUGCGUUUGGUAGCGUUUUGGUGUAUGUUUUCUUGUACAGAGUACUAGCUAAGUGGAGAGAAGAUGCAUUAUCUGCUUGCUCUAUUGAGUUGGAGGCACGAUUGUGGUGUGCUGUCGUGAACGCAUCGCUCAUAGUUCCAUCGACUGCGGAAAAAACUGAUCGGUUUGUGAAACCUUUAUCCAUUCUUUCACAGUGUAUACGGCUUAGACAUAAGAUUGACGUUGUUCGGGAGUUAAACUUAGUUGAGUCGGGUAUUCUGUCGCCCACACAUGCAAUGGCACUACUGGAGAAACUAUUGACGCUGAUUGAUUCACAGCAAACACCUGCCGCAGCAAUAAGCUGCGCACAGCCGAGUGCCUCUGGAGGGAAGAAAAGGAGUGAGAAGGGCAAAACGAGCCAAUCCCAUCAGCAAAACUGUGAGCGAGCAGAAGAUGACAUAUGUUGUCGCUGCGGCUUCAUUUUGGAAGCCCUCUGUCUCGUUAUAUGGCUGUCACCAUCCUCUAAUGGGUCUAUGUACGAAAUGAUUAAAAAAGCAAUUGAGUCGAUUGCAAGUUUGCUUCUUGCCGUAAAAAACAGUUUUGAUGGACGAGCACGACCCCCCACUGCAACUUGGGAGUGUUUUCUUCAUGCACUUUUGUCAACCUUAUACAUCUGGGUGCCUUGUGAAGGGAGUGUUGAAAAUCGCGACGGAGCUAGUGUUACCGCUAAAUUAGGGCACAAAAGUAACACGGCGCUGAUAGCGGCAGUGCAAGUUACUCACAAGCUUCAGUGCUGUGGACUUCUGGCGCUGCGCCUUCCGGAGAGCUACACCUCGCAACAGUUUUCGCUAGGCGUCUACAAAUCACUUCUUAAUGUUUGGCUUGGCGGUGUACCCCUGCUAGAAAAUUUUUAUGUAGUGAAUGGUUUCCCGUCACCUACGCAAUCAAUUGGACUUGUUCUUAGUUUUAUUGGUCAGGAACAAAUGAUGGAGCUGGUUUGUGCUGUCUCUGAAGAUGAAUUGGCCGCGUCGCUGCUGGCUUCAGCUGUCGAAAGGGCGAUCGAUGAGGGAGAAUUGAAUGAUCAACUGUUACUUAGUGCUUUUUUAAACAUGCAGCGUUGCUUAUUGAGUUCCAUGGAGUUACGGUGCCGGGGGCGUGAGGAGCAGCAAAGACGUGAGGAAGAGGCAAUGAGAGUGCAGGUGUUUGCGUCUGUACAGAGAACAGAGGAAAUUCUCAAAAAGGCAGCGGAGUUUGAGGAAAACUUAAGAUUACGUAACGAAUCACGGGAGAGGGAGCACGCCUUUAUACAAAAUAUCAGAGAGGGGCGGCUUCGGGAAAGGGAGGAAAGGCAUACUCGGGAGAGAUUGCUAGCGCAAGAAAAUAUGCAAAAGGCUCUCAUGACUCUUACCGAAAUGAAUGUAAAAACCAAAAAUGCCAAAGAAGUUGAACAAAAGGAGCGUUUACGGCUGUAUAGGAUCCAUUUUGGUGCCAUAUCUCGAAUGUCGUCAUUUCUUGAGUCUCUUCAACUCAGUUCUGCGCGAGUAAUGACCAUAAUGAACACACUUCGCCAUUAUAUUUCCACCAUGACACAGGACGCGUUGUUGGAGUAUGUCGUAACGGGUAACCGUGAGGUACCAGGAGAUAUACAUCCCACCGAUGGUGUGGGCUGUACCAUCGGCGCUAAAAGUGCGAAUGUCGAGAGAGUGCCAAGUUGUGAAAGUGUGGAGGAUGCUGAACAUGCAACAUUUGGAAAUGAAAAGCCGACGUUUUGGGAGAGUGUGAUGCAACUUGUCAAAUCAACAGCUGAGGAUGUUGAAAACACGGAUGAUGUCGAUAAUAAAGCAAAAAAACAAAGUUCUUUGACGCAGGUUGCGACGGCUGAUACUGCACUCAGUAAUGGUGCUUCUUUCCACAAGCGGGUUACCCCCAUUCUGAAUCUUUUCGAUUACUCACUAAAACGAAACGAAGUUUUCCCUAACCCGUUGCCUAUGGUUGAGGUUCGCACCGCCAUGCGUGUACUCCCACAGGAUACAUUAGCUAGAACUUCAUUUACCAGUGUCUACGAUGCCCUUCUCGCCUGCCAGGAACGGGGUCUUUGUGUGAUCCGUGACGGUAGUUGCACGCUCACUCCAUUAGGGUUCCGGUAUCACGUCCCCUUCCAUGAUCCCAAUGCAAAACUUGUUUUACAACUGGAACGUAGACGCUGUGAGGCUGGAGCAAUGGUUGCACGGAGGAAUAUGGAAAGUCAGGGAAAUGGUGAGUGUUGUGAUGCUGAGAAUGAUUCGGAUGAAGUGAACAACAAGAGGGACCUGUAUGAAACAGACUCAGAUGCCGAUGCCAGUGUCGUCCAAUUUUGCGAUGAGAUCAUUUAG